UGCUGCACCGUCCGCGCAGGCAGGCGUUUAAAGGCGCCGAACCAAAGACCUGGCAAUUGGCGCUGCGCGGAACCGUCUUUCGCGAUGCACUCUCAGAUGCAGGCUGCGCUCCUGAUCGCCCUGGGCUUGCUUCUCAUCGACCCCGCUGUCUCCGUGUUCCAUCACCAGAACCACAUGACCCAGCCCAGCCGCUUUUCCUGGGAUAACUGUGAUGAAGGCAAGGACCCCGCGGUGAUCAAAAGCCUGACGCUGGAGCCUGACCCCAUCGUCAUUCCUGGGAAUGUGACCGUCAGUAUUGAAGGCAGGACCAGCGUACCACUUAAGUCUCCUCAGAAGGUGACAUUGACUGUGGAGAAGGAAGUGGCAGGCUUCUGGAUCAAGGUCCCCUGUGUGGAGCAGCUGGGCAGCUGUACCUAUGAUGACAUCUGCAAUAUGCUGGAUACACUCAUUCCCCCUGGGCAGUUAUGCCCAGAGCCCCUGCACACCUACGGGCUUCCCUGCCACUGCCCCUUCAAAGAAGGCACCUACUCCCUGCCAGUGAGUGAGUUCACUGUGCCCGACCUGGAGAUGCCCAGCUGGCUCAGCAGUGGCAACUACCGCAUCCAAGGCAUCCUGAGCAGCGGUGGGGAGCAUCUGGCCUGCGUCAAGGUCUCUGCCUCCGUUAAGGGCAAAUAGUGUAGCACAGCCACAUUGCACGGAAAGGGCUGAGGAAGGGGGUCUCUCUACCUCGGUCUCGUGUUUGCCAAGCCUGUUUUCCAACUCUCUGCCCUGUUUUUAAGCCCCUUUCUGCAGUGAUUGCACUCCCCUCACUGAAAAUCAUGUUGUGCUACUUAGAUGUGGCACAGACCACCCUGACCAGAGGAGGACAUGAUGGGUCAUUCAUUCUUGGUCACCCAGAACAUUUGUGGAGCUGGUUGCCUCAGGGUUCUGACCCUGUGGCUUUCUAAAAGCCUCCUUCGUUUCCAAAGCCAUCUCGAGCUGGGAACUCAAGUAUCUGAGGAAACACAAGUUCACACUGACUCAGCGUUGAUCCCCUUAAAUAACUUCAUGACUUUUUUUUUUUUUUGAGUCACUAACUUUAAAGCAGAGAGAGCGUAUUAGCAUUUUGCAUUCUACUCUAAACCAAUCUUACAAUCGAGAUACUAAAGUAAUUCAUCUUAGUUUAUCGCUCACUUACUUUCUGUGAUUAAUCUCUUUCUCAUUUUGUCCAGUUAACAUUGGGUGUGGUGUCUGCUGGAGAGGCAGGGCACGUGUGGUGGGGAGACCCUUAGGGGAGAUAACAGUUGGGAGUGUUUGAUGUUUGAGGUCAUUACAAACACAAGUAAGGGACAGAUAUGAAUGGCAAGGACCACCGGAAACAUGCAGUAUUGAUUCAUGACCUCCGUUUCUCCUUUUUGGGACAAAGAUAACAACAUUGGAAAGGACAGAUUGUUGUUACACAGUUUACAACGUAGUGGUAUGUAUGUCCUGAUAAAGGCAGCUGAGGCCCAAUCUCCAGCUGGGGCCACGGGCAGCACAUCCAGUUCAUGGAGAACACUUGCUCUCCAGCUCCACUUAGUGCCAUGGAAGAACAUUGUGUGCCCAAUCUGUAUUGCCAGAUCCUCUCAGUCACUUUUUUUUGUACCUGGAAAGGCCCAGAAUCCAGAUUUUUAUAGGAAAUUUUAUAUUACAGUUUACAAUAUCAGCAACUAAUUAUUUU